AAUUCAAAAACAAGAAAGGGACAGACAUUCAGGCGUUCGAUCCCAACCACGGAGGUCGUAAUGACAAGCUGGAGAAAGCACCAUCAGAUCCUGCAGGAAGAAGGCGAUAGCCCGCCAGCCGAUCUUUUCAGGGAGAUGUCCUCGUCCAGCUCCCUCAACACUAUCCGCAUGUCCCUGAGGAAGAGGCUGCCUCUUGGGCAGGUGGACUUUAACAUCGACCACACCCCGACUUGGGAGAGUCUGGAGCUCACCAAGAAACCUAAUGCUUUACAAACUAUAGGUCGGACUGCGAGGAACACAUGGGGCAACGUCUCCCUGAAACUGCAGAAAAGACGACAAAGUCGCAAUGAGUGCCUGGUCAUCACUCCUUCAAAGGCUCAAACACCUCGGAGACGCAGCAAGGCAUCGGCAUCAAAGAAAGGCACUCCAUCAAGAUCCCGUUACAGCAGAGAGGGGAGAACCAAUACCACACCAUCUAGCAUGACUCACACUCCCAAGUGGACGGACGUUGCUCGGCUGCUCAAUCAGGAUGGCCUUCCUCUGCGGAGAUCAGUUAGGUCUGCUGCAUUGAAGAGCCCCUAUGCCUCGCCCACUGGAAUUAGUAGGACAAGGCAGUUCGAUCGUGAUCUGGAAUCGGUGUCUUUUGGAAUUAGACAAUUAAAGUGCCUGUCCCAGGUAUUUGACGAAGCCAUCACCAAGGAGGAAAGGAAACUGGCAAUUGAAAAUUAUCGUUAUAUCAUGUCAGAAAACAUGCAUCUGUCUAAGAUUCAGGCUCAAAAAAUGUUGGCUUCAUCCAUUAGAAUAAAAGCAAAAAAGCUUCGCUCAACCAUAAACAGCUGGGCAGAUGAGGCUUUGUCAAGCAUUGCAGAGCAGAGAAAAGGCUUGAACUGAACAAAGAUUGUCUUCUCUGGCUUUCACUUGGCAAUCUGCCUAGUGUGUUACCAAAUGCUGUUUUUUGCCUCACUGGUUUUGUCUGCUUUGUAUUUUUUUUUGUUUUGUUCUAUUAUUCUAAACAUGAAUACAAUUUGUAGAAUUAUAUGGACACCUACAGUAAUUUCAUAAUUAUGAUUAUCUCAUGACGACUGGCUACUUUUGGUCUCACCUGCAAGUACUUUGAAUUUUACUGCAGGGUAAGGCAUUUGUUCUCCAGUACUUGAGCAAAAUUAGUUUGUUCGCCAUUCAUAAUCAUUAUAGGUGAAGUAUUAUCUGCUCCUGGUUUGGGAUUCUAUUCAACUAAAUUAAAACUACUCACAAUUUUAGGAUGAAAAGUUUUGAGAAAAUGCUGUUGGAAUUAACCAGUGGUGUACACAGUGGUUUAUAAACCAGCAUACUUCUGUUCUAGGGGCAGUUAGUGUAAAGGGGAUGAUUAAAUGUUUUCUAGAGAUCUAGUUGUCCCUUUUUUAUUAAUUUAAUUUCUAAACACAAUAUUGUGUAAAUGUUGUUUCUCAGUUGCUAAACUAUUUUAAAACAUCAAAGCUUCGUGCAUGAAAAUGAUUGUGAAUUUGUUUUGUAGCAGUUUGAGUUUCAAAAGGUUACUUAUGAUUAACAGACUUUAAAAAUUGAUCACUGCAUGAAUGGAACAACUUUGUUUUUGGCAGGGACUCUGAAUUUUUUUAAAUUAUAAAGCAUAAUUUAAAAUGGGAUUAUUAAAAUUACAGACCGGAGAAUUUACCAAUUAAGUGUUAGCAAAGAAUGUUUAGAAUUUUAUUUCUUUUUACAUUGUGUUGCUUGAUCGAUACCACUUGAUCAAGCAACACAAAUUCCUUUAACCAAAUAAAUGCCAUUUUAUUUGUAUUUUAGCAUGUUUAUUAAAUUGGCAUAAAUUUAUAGUUUAAACCAGUAAGAUGCUGCAUGUGAUUGGCCAAGUGCUGAGAAUAGGUACUGUGUUAAGAGUGAGUGUAUAUUUGUGUUGUUGAACCUAAAGUCUGGAAUUGACUAAUUCGUAUACUACUCUGUUCCUGUACAUUGACAUUUUCCAAUUUAAACUUUAUUUUUGUAGCUAAUGUUCUCUUUUUCAGUCAAAUUACUGUGCAAAAAAUGAUUAGUCAAUAGACAUUUCUCUGGUUGAAAUAUACAGUCGUCUCAAAGGGCUUUUUUGUAGGAGAGGUUAGAUUUUUUUUUUGAAAGACUUGGGUAGAGAACAAGAAUUGCAUGUGAUUUCUUGCCAUGUGACUUGUACUGGAUUGAAAAAUAGGGGUAAUGGAAUGCAACAAAUUCCAGAAGCUCAUAUCUUUGGUCCUCUGCCAGUUUUCAUGUAAAUUUUCAUUUCCUCAGUCACACUGCAGAUUUGAUUUUUGAUGUAUUUUGAAAUUUAGUGCUGGGUAAGCCACUUACACUCAGAAGUUGUGUGACACUUCGUUUUUAUAUGUGUCAAUUCAUUAUGAAGGAAUUUAAUAUCAAUUUUUUUUAAUUGACGUAAGCUCUUUGGCGUUAUGGUGCAGUUAUUAUAAGUUACCUUAAGCCAUAUGUUUUAGGAGCUCUAAUAGCAUUUUAGCUAAGCUUUUUUUAACAUACAACAUUGUUGUAUUCUGCAAUUGUGCAUCUGGCAUGAAAUUUGAUCUUUUAUAUUUGUAACCAAAACAUUUUUACAGUUUUAGAAUCUUCCGAUCACAGGAUAGAGUGCAAGAUUAUCUGCAUUUCUUUUAGAUUUACAAAAAGAAUCUCAUGUAUUCUCAUGGCAUAAUAAAGGAUUAGUUUUCAGCAUAUUGGUCAUUUUGGGAAUUACAAAUGACUUUGACAACUGCAUGAGGUUUAUGAUCUAAUGCUGAAAAAUGCAUUGUCAUAACUGACAUGGAUAAUUUUUGUAAGCUCUGCUCCAAAUUGAAAAUCAUAACCAUGUAAUGAAAUGAAAGUAGAUUAUAAUGUAAAAAUGAGUUCAAUUGACUUCACUUCAAUGCAGAGGAUUUCCAGAUGUUUCACAUGUAAGUGUAUUCACUGUGAAAGCAAUGUUUAUUUGAAAACGUCUUGUAACUUUUCAAAAUAUAAUCAUAUUUGAUUAAACAUUCAUAUCUGUAACAAA